CCACUUCUCCAUAUCAUCUACACAUUCAACAAUUCUCCAAUUUCUUUAAUUAUAUUCUCUCGUCUGUGAAGUUAAGCAUUCUCAAUUCAUUUCUUAAUACUAGUAACUUAUAACCUUCCAACCAAGAAUCAUGGGUUAUAGAAUUUCAAGAAUCAUAAGCAGCUUUGUCACACUCACAUUGGUGCUGCUAGCAGGCACAACAAGUAUUAAUGCACAGUUAUCUUCCACAUUUUAUGACAGUGCAUGCCCAAAUGCGCUCAGCACCAUCCGAACGGUGAUUCGCACUGCUGUCUCCAAAGAACGCCGUAUGGCUGCGUCUCUCAUUCGCCUUCAUUUUCAUGACUGCUUUGUUCAGGGUUGUGAUGCAUCAAUUUUGCUUGAUGAAACCUCCACUAUCCAGAGCGAAAAAACUGCACUUCCGAAUGAUAAUUCAGUAAGAGGAUAUGGAAUCAUUGAUCAAGCAAAAGCUGAGGUUGAAAAACUAUGCCCCCAAGUUGUGUCUUGUGCAGACAUCGUAGCAGUUGCAGCACGCGAUGCUUCAUUCGCGGUGGGUGGUCCUUCAUGGACAGUGAAGCUUGGACGGAGAGACUCUACCACCGCAAGUAGAAGUUUAGCCAACACUGAACUUCCAUCAUUUACAGACGAUCUUCAAACUCUUAUAUCUCGUUUUGACAACAAAGGACUCACUGCUAGAGACAUGGUCACUUUAUCUGGCGCACACACAAUUGGACAAGCUCAAUGCUCUACAUUUCGUGGAAGAAUAUACAACAAUGCGAGUGACAUUGAUGCUGGAUUUGGUAGUACUCGCCGACGCGGUUGUCCAUCGACAAUUAGUGUUGAGAAUGAUAAGAAGCUCGCAGCACUAGACUUGGUGACACCAAAUUCAUUUGACAACAACUACUUCAAGAAUUUGAUUCAGAAGAAGGGUCUUCUCCGGUCAGACCAAGUUCUAUUUAGUGGAGGAUCUACGGAUACUAUUGUAUCUGAGUAUAGCAAAAAUCCCACAACGUUCAAGUCUGAUUUUGCAGCUGCUAUGAUCAAGAUGGGAGACAUUCAACCGUUGACCGGCUCAGCAGGAAUCAUAAGAAAGAUUUGCAGUGCAAUUAACUAAUUAAGGUCUUCAACAUCAUUAAUUCAGAUGCAAAAUAAUGUGUUCUGUAUUAAAUUUCGUAGAUUCUUGUAAGAAGUGUUAAAUUUUCUUAUCAGUUCAUUCAUUUAAUUGUAUAUGCAGUUUUCUCUCUGUUCAUUUCAAGAAAAUUGUAAUGAAAGUGGUUUUAUUUUCUAUA